UUUCUUUAAAGCUUGUAUAUGUUUUGAAAACUUCUAGAGGACAACAAAUGUUAAUUCACAACGGCUACAAAUAUAUUCGCGAAUAUUCACGAGGUCUUAACACUUAUUGGUGUUGUAAAGAAUUUAGGACCAAAAUCAAAUGCCGUGGAAGAUCCAAAACUGUUGGCAACCAAGUAAUCGAAACACAACCACAUACUUGUAUUCCAUCGACUUCUGUUGAGGAACUUCUUAAUGGAAGCUAUAUUGUUCAAAAACCUCAAGGAUGUAAUACACUACUCAAUGAUGUUGGAAUGGAGUCUGACGCAGGUUUUCUUAAUUUUCUUUUCGAAGGGGUUAAAGGGGCUGUAUUUUUUAUUUUUCCCAAAAAUUCCGUUAUAUUUGCCUUUGGCAUUUUAUCAAUCAAAAAUUUAUCGACCGAGAUUCUUCGCAUAAAAAUAGGGGAAAUUGGACUUUUGUUUAACGGUUAAUUUUUGACUGUGGCGUCUCAAAUGUCCUUUAAUCUUCCUAAUCCCGUGAUAAGUCCAAGACCUCCGAGUUUUGAUUCGAAAUCGCUUUUUAUCGAUAGGGAUGCCAAACGCAAAUAGAGAGGGAGUUUUUGGAACGAAUUCAAAUCGAACACUAACUUAACCUUUACUCUUUUUUAUAAAAUCAAAUUUAGGAGCCUCAAACACAUCCAUCUCAUCGUCUCCAAAAAUCGUUUCUUCCUUCUCCCCUAUUCAAAAAAAGCCUAUAAAGAAGGAAAUAUUGAACAGACCCAACAAAAAAUGUCCAAAACCGUCUUCCUCAGAAAUUUUUACAACGACUACAAGAGGAAACCAAAUGCUCGUUCACAAAGGUUAUCGAUACAUAAAAGAUUAUGGCAAAGCUGGGACAAUUUAUUGG